CAGACAGCUUUAAUGUGUUUGAGGUUUUGUACGCAGCCUAAUACUGAAAACUAGCCUAAGCAACAAGAAAUAGAGAUGAAAUUGUCACACCUUCAGGGCAGCUAAUGGUUAUAUCACGAAGGUGCCAGAGAGAAGCAUUCAUUGAUUCACAGCAGCACAGCAAAUAUUGCAGAGCGUUUUCUAUCACAGGAGCAUACCUCAUGACUUGUAGAAAUCAACACGUCCUGCAUCUCCUUAACUCCUGCUGUGCUUCUGAUACACCUGCUGCCAUGGCCCAUGAUGCCUGCUGGGCAAGAGGCAGUCACGUACCUGCGUCGGUGCUGCUGUGACCCUAUGGCUCCUGCACUGCCAGAGGCUCCUUCAGGCACCGCCAGUCCAGUGAAUCUCUUUCUGACUGGGAAAAUAGAAAGUGCUGUUACCUCACUAGUUGCUUGCAGUGGAGAACUCGAACAGCACACAGAGAGACGGGGCGUCAUCUACAGCCCUUCCUGGCCACGAAACUAUCCUCCAGCAGUAAACUGCAGCUGGUACAUUCAAGGAGAUCGUGGAGACAUGAUAACAAUUAGCUUUAAGAACUUUGAUUUAGAAGAAUCUCAGAAAUGUGCAGUAGAUUGGUUGAUGAUUGGCCCAUCUUCCAAGAGGGAGGAGUACAAAGUAUGCGGAUCUUCCAUACCUCCAUCUUUCAUCUCUGCAAGGGAUCAUGUUUGGAUAUUUUUUCACUCAGAUGCAUCAAGCUCAGGACAGUCUCAGGGAUUUCGCCUUUCUUAUAUUAGAGGAAAGAUCGGCCAGGCUGCAUGCCAGUCAGAUGAAUUCCAUUGUGCAAAUGGAAAGUGUAUUCCCAGUACUUGGAAAUGUAAUUCCAUGGAUGAGUGUGGGGAUAACUCAGAUGAGAGAAACUGCACUGUUCCUCCAACAGAGCCUCCAUCCAGCAUCUGUCCCUCAGGAACAUUCCAGUGCAGUGUAGCCCGCUCCACCAAGUGCUUGAUGAACGAGCUGAGGUGUAAUUCAGUUAAAGACUGCAGCGAUGGUUCAGAUGAAGAUAAUUGUCCUGAUCUUUCCUGUGGCAAAAGGCUGGGUAAUUUUUAUGGAUCUUUUGCUUCCCCAGACUUAUUCCGUGCUGAUCACAGCAAAUCAGACCUUCGUUGCACGUGGUAUGUGGAUACACAAGAUAAUCGACAUGUUCUGUUGCAGCUUGAUUUGCAGUUAGGCUACAAUGACUACGUAAAGGUGUAUGAUGGCAUUGAAGAGAGAGGUGAUAAAUUACUGCAGACAUUUUCGUUUCACAACAAUAGGCAUCCGGUGAGCGUGGAGUCAUCAAAGGGCCAGCUCACAGUCUCGUAUCAUGCUCGCUCAAAGAGCACUGGCCAUGGAUUCAAUGCAACCUACCAGGUGAAAGGCUAUUGUCUUCCUUGGGAACACCCCUGUGGAAGUGAUGAGGAGUGUUUCACGGAUAAGCAACAUUGUGAUGGCUGGUGGCACUGUCCAAAUGGCAAAGAUGAGGAGAACUGUCCGGCUUGCCAGAAGAAUGAAUAUCCAUGUGAAGGAAAUAGUGGGCUUUGCUACUCAAUACUUGACCGCUGUAAUAACCAAAAGAACUGCCCAGAUGGCUCAGAUGAAAAAAACUGCUUUACUUGCCAGCCAGGGAAUUUCCAUUGUGGGACAAAUCUGUGUAUCUUUGAGACUUGGCGCUGUGAUGGUCAAGAAGACUGCCAGGAUGGAAGCGAUGAGCACAACUGCCUGGUGAUUGUUCCCAGGAAGGUCAUCACGGCUGCUCUGAUCGGGAGUCUCGUGUGUGGCCUGCUGCUGGUGAUAGCGCUGGGUUGUGCAUUUAAAUUAUAUUCCCUGAGGACUAGAGAAUACAGAGCAUUUGAGACCCAGAUGACACGACUUGAGGCAGAAUUUGUGCGUCGGGAAGCUCCACCUUCCUAUGGGCAGCUGAUUGCACAAGGACUGAUCCCCCCAGUCGAAGACUUCCCUGUGUACAAUGCAUCACAAGCCUCCGUGCUGCAGAACAUCCGAACGGCCAUGAGGAGGCAGAUGAGACGUCACUCGUCACGACGAAGCUCGUCUCGGCGGCGCCUUGGCCGACUCUGGAACAGACUCUUCCACAGACCUCGGGUGAGAGGACAGAUCCCACUCCUGACACCUGCCCACACUUCGCAGACGACGUUGGGUGAUGGAAUCAUCAACCGCGCUGAUGGGACUAUCGGGAGUUCUCCGCCUUCACCUGAAGGACCUAGUUUAGAGGCAGACGCCCACGCCAGUGACCUGCAAGAAGUUGGAUGUAGCACCUUGCAGCCGGAGACUGAAAUCACAGAGCCAUUGCCUUCGAAUGUCUUAGAGAACACUUGCACUGCUGCGCAAGCAGAACCUGAGUCUGGACACGCUGAUAAAUCUGUAGGUGCUGAGACCUCGGGCAGCGAGCUCAAGCAGCCCAAUAAAGUGGAUUCAGGAAAGCCUUUCAGAGAUCCUUUGUCUGAAAGUGUCACAGAAGCGAUCCAUGGAGGGUCAGCACCCAGGAGGACUGUCCUAGAGGGCAAUAAUUUAAGUAGAAGUCAUCCACCAAGUGAAGAGCCAUGUAGGUUACCCUUAAAGUGGGAGUCUGCUUAUUCAGAUAGCCCCUUGAAUGUUCAUAUCCAAGUGGAUGGACAAAGCCGGUGUUGCCCUGGCUCCCAUCGGGAGGAGCCUUUGGGUAUUCAUGCGGCUUGUUGCCAUUCUGUGGAAGUGCCAAUGUUAGAGUCCUCUGCUCCCCUCUCUGAAAUCAGUACAAGUGAUGAUGAGUCUUUACUUGUUUGCUAGUAGAAGCUUUUGUUUUGACCCUGUAAACUUUGUAACUUCAUUGUUUAUAUGACUGUGCACUUUGAUUUUAGGUGGUUUUUGCUCUCAGAUUGUCCAUCAAAACUGGUGUGCUUUAAUCCCCAGGAGUACAGCACAGGACUAAAUGGGACAAGUUUUUCUUUGUUGCUAUUCCUGAAACUCCAGUGGGGGCAGAAGUAGGCCAGUAUGUGAUGUCAGGGGCUCAGAGAGCAAGAAUAUGUCACUGUAGUUGGGAGGCAUCUCCACUGUUUAUUUCUUCUGUGCUUUAUUUACUUUCCAUUCAGGGAGUUGGUAUUUCUUUACUUUUUCAAGUGGUCUUACAGAAAUUAACACUGUUGGAACUUGGACCAGGCACCAGUUGUGACUGUGAGUACCAGUCGAGAAAUAACAUUGUCCUUUUAGGCAUCAUUAUUUAACUAAAAUUUAAUAAUAUCAUUAAAAUGUUUGAGAGGAAAUAAAAUCCUUUGUUGUUCCCUAUUUCUAGAAGUAGCUUGCUUCCUUUGCUCCCUUCAGAAAUGUUUUGAUGGCCAUAUAGCUCUUGAAACAUCCACUAGAACCAAAGUUUCUAUAUAGAGUAUGCAGAACAUUCCUGUCCGCUAUGGCUUUGUAGUAAGAGAUCAGCAGUGUUCAGUACAAGUGAAAUGCAUUGAACCCCAUUUGCAACAAUAUUUUUCAGUUGUCAUAUGUUACUCUUCAAAGUGAUGUAGCAGAGGUUGAAGAAUCGCUUGCUGUCUUCCUACCCUUUUUCCUCUCCUCCCUUCUGAUUUCAGGGACUUUUAUGAUUACACCUCUUUGGUUGUGCUCUGAAGGUUUCUGAGACUUCACAGCUAGCUGCAAUAGGAAGCACUGAGCACUUGGUAGCUUUCGGGAUUGGAUUCUUUAUUUUGUAAUAAAAUCUACUUCACAAGUUUUCUCGUAAAUCUGCUAUCUAGGUGCAGCUUUUUGAAACUUGUUUUUCUAGUCAGUUAUAGGGGUUUGCUUUUACUUUCUGUUAAGAACUGAAGUAGGACAGUGCCAGUUUCAAAGCUGACACUGUGUGAAUUGUAUAAAUUGUAUACUGCUUUAAACUGGUGCCUUUUUGUGUUUUUUUUUUUUUUUUUUUAAUUUAGGGUGCAAUUAGACGCAAGCAAGAUAUUUACCUGAAAGAAGGUUGAUAUUACUGAAGCAGGAAUGACCUGGUGCGGUCACAGCUGGUUAUGGUCUGAUAGUUUGGCCCUGCUGCUGGUAGGAUGGUGCCAUGAAAUAGCGUGGGCCAGGCUUCCCCCCACCCUUUUAGGAGCUCUGUUUUGGCCCUCUGGUGAGGCAGUAACAAACUGGAAUGCUACAUACAGAAAUUAACAAAGAAGUUAUCUCAGCUGUUCCUCUGUAAGUAUCCAAGCGCUCUGAUGCUGUUUAAUGCUGUAGGAAUUCAACUUGCCUGAAGUUAUUAACUGGUAACUUCAGCUUGUAAAGCUGGGGUGGACUUGAAGUGGGGUGUUUUUGCAGGCUUUUGCAGUGAACAGUUUACACUGAAGUGUCAGAGAUGUUUUUUAAUGGACUGUAUGUGCCCUGAAUCUUCCACUAGGACUUCCUGUGGGAGUGCUUUAAAAAAAUAAGCAUUAAGACUUUUGCUUUACUGAAAUGUAAUGUGAAGGAAUGACUUUGAAAUUACUUUUUUGUUUUCAGUUGCAAAUUGGUUUCAUAGUGUGUUUUCCAGAGGCGGAAGAUUCAAAGUCUGUAAGAGCAUAGAAAGGAUUGUAGCAAAAUGCAUAAUGAGCAAGAGUCAUAGUUACAUUAAAUUUUUGAGAGAAGAAUUGCUUUUGCUUAUUUAAGAACAGGAAGUGUCUUUUCAUCUCCCGAGCAGGCAGUAGGAUUUAUAUGCAGCCUCUCCGUCCAUGACCCAAACUUUCCAGUAGACUCCAAGAAAAAACACGGGCACUCCAGUUAAAAUGAUAAUGAGUCCGACUCCACAGACAACUGGCUCGGAGUAUAGGCUGAAGACCAGCAGAAAUGCCCAAAAUGCCAGAACGGAUGGAAUGGCUGAAAAACUGGCGGCCGCCUUGCGGAAACCCGAAGGCUGUCUUUAUGGAGUGGAGAACCUUUGGCAUGUUCGAAGGCAGAUGACCCUGCUUUACAUUUGCUCGUGUCAAAGGCACUGCAUGCUACAGACAGAGCAGACCGAAACCAACAGAGUGCUUCACAGAUAGUGAUGGAGGGCGAAAAUGCAAAAGAACAACUGCAGCAUCUAAAGGGAAGUUUUCCAAGCACGGGAGAAGGGGCAUACUGGAAAGAGAAGAGCCUUCGCUCCUAGCUGGGCGGCUCCAGAUUAUUCACUGGGUAAUCUUCCUCCAGUAAGAAGUGUCCUGAACUGAGAGGCGUCUUUGAUCAACCACUCCUUACCAAAGUGAUCAAAACUGAAACAAGUGGAUCAGAAAUGAACAUUAACUACAGCAGUGCGAUCUAUUGCUCUGACACCUACUUGCCACAGGAGGAAGGUAAGGUCUCCGUUUGUCUCUGCUAAAGGAAUGUGAUAUUUCUAACAUGAGGUUAGAAGGCUGCAGUGACAGGAGCUGAGGCAUGCCCAGGUCCUGCGGUGAGAAGCUGUGCUUCAGUGAGGGCACUCCAUAGCCCAUCACUCCUCACUAACAAAAUGACUUGGUUCCAUCAAUCUGAUUUACAGGAGAGGGAACUGAUGUGGAGAAAUGAGCAGUGCCAUUGGGAGCGUGUGUUUUUAAGUCAUAGAUCACCGGGUGACUUCAUGUAGACCAAUGUUACUCAAUACUGUCCCAUUUGAUUGUGUUCUGAGAUACGUAGGUUGCAAGGUUUUCUUGAACUGCUGAUUCUGCUUUAGCCAUCUUCCAUGUUGACAGUGUCCGUGUCUGUGUUGGGCUCACUGCAGUCCCUGAUUUGCUAGAGAAGUAGUUGCCAUGGCUCAGCGCUGUGCCAGACGGGGCCCCCGCCGCUCUGAGGAAUUUGUGUCAGAUAGAACAUUUCGUACAAUGCAGAAGGUUCUGUCACCUUGAUUCGAAGGAAGUUGUUUGUGUUAAUGCUUAAAGGUAACGUGAGACAAGGCGAGCUCUUUACUUUGGAACACGCGCUGAGCCAUUGAUGUACGCAGUACAGUAAAUAUAACAAAGAGCGCACUGUGGUAUUUACACCCACCGCAAACACGUUUGCAAAAUAGGAUUAUUUACAAUCCAAUGAAAUAGUACUGCUUUUAAGGCAGAAACCCUGUGUGUUCAGUGAAGUGUCCUCCUCAGCUUUUCUUGCCGUUUAUCGACCCAACACAUUCCUCCCCAUUUUUUUUUUUUAAUGUCUUCCAUUAAUAGUUAAGAAAAACCUAGGGAAAACAAACACUCUUUUCCUGAUUGUUUAUUCACCAGUCUCUUAGGAACCAUAAUUACGUCUCCCAGGAAUUGUGUGUUUUAUCAUACUGUAUAUCUUAAAGAGCCACUUUAGGUAAAAUAACAAGGAGUGCCUUAUGAAGGAAAAUUGGAUUCGUUUUAAGACUUUUUUAACCCUCCAAAGAAUGGCUCUUUGUUUACUUCUUUAGUGCAUGUGGCAACUUGCCCAAGUAAAUACUAUGCUGCAUAAAUACCAGAGAUUGGUAUUUAUGAUAUUACAUAAACAUACUCUGAAUAAUGACUCAUUGUUGCGAUGAAGACGAACGCAAGCAAUAUACAUCACAGUCAGUGCGUUAUUUCUUGUCACUUUAUUAAGUGACACUGAGCAUUGUAGGACAAAAUGACAGUGAGUGGAGAGGAGAAGUCUGAUUGCAUUAUUUACCAGAUCCGAGUUUACAAAACAAAAGAGAAAACAGCCAAAACAGGAAGGUUAUGAGGAUAACAUAGCUGAUUAAUUAUCAAUAUGCAGGAUAAGUAGUUAGGUGCAUGCUGGGGUUGACUGGAAAAAGAUUUAUUGCUCUUUGAAUUGAAAACUCAUGCAGUGCGUUUAUUCCACUGUCCCAACAGGCAGCUGAGCCCUCAGGUUCAUCAUCCUACCUGUGGUGACGCUCAUGUCCACUUGUGACAAUAGUUACUUCCCUUAUGGAGCCGCUCUUUUGGUGGCUUUGUUUCUCAGAGCCUCAGUCUGUCCAGUUAGAGUUUUGUUACACCUUUACUGCACUCCAGAAAAAUCAUGUCAGGGUUUGUGUGAAGGGAAAAUGUGGCACACUUUGCGGUGCUGCCAAGUGAUGGAACUCAGAUCUGAGAAAUCAAAAUCCCAAAGGGAAGGUGCAUAUGCCAAAACCUCUAUUUAAAGCCAGCAGGGUGUUACCAACUUAUUUAUUUUUAAAGCCCAUGGUUAUAGCCUAUAUGCUGCUGUCCAAACAGCGAAAACAAUGGACACUCAAAUUCUCAAAGGAUCACUGAACCAUCCCUUUAAAAAUGAUGAUGAAAAUUAUCACCCAUAGUAAUGGACUAGCCUGAAAAAUGUGAUUUUUUGGAAAUUUUGCUCUUUCCCUGAAGCAGCCCUUCAGAAACAGCAGAGAAAUCUUCACAGUGGGAGGGUGAUCCUCAUAAUACGUGGAGGAGUGGGAUGCUCAGCUGUGGGAGCACUCUCCUCCAUGACUGCAGGCCUGCACGCUGUGGUUGAGGUGAGGCUUUUGGUGUUUGAUGGGGUCUAUCACCAGCAGAAGAAAUUUGUUCCUAGGUGUGAAUAAAGGAGUACCUAUAUUUUCCUAAGUGAACAUCUUUCACGCUUGUGUGCUCAAGAAGAUAGCAGUGGAUGGGGCCAACCUCUGCAAAGCACCUGGGCUUAUGGAAACCUCUGCUUUACUGCAUGGUCAGCAGCUGUUUAUUGUGGUUAUUAAACUGUGCCUUUUUCCUUCGAUUUUAACAAUUUCCUUCCUGGUUUUACUUCUUUAGUCAAAACCCACUCUGUGUAAGGAGAACUGUGUUUUGAUGUACUCGGGUGCCAUGUGCUGUUCCAUCCCAUGUGCAAGGUUGAACUGAACAAAUGCUGACUUUUCUCCCUUGUGCUUCACAUACUUUGUACAGGUUAGGAGGGAACACAGGGGACAGGAGAACAGAAGUCUGCUGGUCUGCAAAGACCAACGAUGUCACCUGGUCCAGAAUAAAGCAAGCUCAGCUAGCUCUACCAGCAAGCUUAGGAAUGACAGUGAUGAUCUGUGUGCCAUCCUGGAUAACACAAAAUUUGUGCCUAAAACCCUAAUAGACAACACCUCAAAAGACUGCAUGUCCAAGUAGAAAGGAGCGAGAUACCUCCCACGUAUGUCCUUAUUUUCCCAGAAGAAAACAGAGUUGUAAUGUAUAUUAGCAAAGUUGAGAGGACAGGAACUGCGGUCACACAUCAAAUUCAGCCACAAUUCUAUUUCUUCUUCAUACUAUUAUUAAAUCACACUGCCCAAAGCCUCCACAUCUGUUGUGCUUGGUGCUCUUCAAACACAGGAUAUCAUGCUUAGGCAUCACUCCUUUAUUUGGAUUUGAAGCCAUGCCUCACCGCUGUUUGUGUCAAAACAGUUACCUGUGCCAGGCAGCCUUAAUCUGUAUUCUUUCCUCACAUUGUCUGGGGUCUGCUGCUCUGUCUUUCUGGGAGCCUGCAAUAUAAGAUGACAAAUUCUGGACAGCACUGAGGCCAGAUAACAUGCAAGCCCCAUCCCAGCCCCACAGAAGUCAGUGGGAAAGCUAGAUGGACAGCUGUGGUUUUGACUCAGGCCCAGAGAUACUGGAAAAUAACAAAGGGGACAGAAGGAAAGAGCUUGGUCAGCUUUCAGGGUUAUUCCUCAUUUCUUUUAAAAAGAAUAAAUACAUGUUUUUUGUUAUGACUUUCUCAGAAUAAGCUUGGUGCUGUCAGCUAGCCAUGUCUCAGCAAUGUGCUUGCAUGAUGAAGGCAAAGCAAUUCUGAGCUUACAGGCUUAACAUCCUUUUUCGGUACAGUUCAUUGCAAAGAAACCUGAGUAAUGCAUCUUCCCUCUGAAAUGCUUGUCUGCUUUGCAUAGAGAGCAUUCACACACUUUGCAUAAGCCUGAGGAUCACACUGACAAAGAAUGAUAGCACUGCUUAAGUAGUUAAUUUGGUUAUUUAUUCAUUUAAGUGUAUGUGAAUCAAGACAUUUUUUCUGUGAUCUGAAGUGACUGCCAAACCUCUGAUUAGUUUGUAGCUUUUACUGUGUCGUUCCAUUCUUUUGUUACAUAGGAUGGAUGCAGACUUAAUUCCACUGGCAAACACUUUGAAAAGGGCAGCCUCUGUAACACCUCCCAAAGAAGAAAAGACAGAGACAGACUGCAUGUCAUUCCUUCAUUCCUGCCUGCCCAUGUCAGCACUCACCGUGUCUAGAGAAAUGCACAAGUAACACACUUCUAGGCAAAAUGCAUUUAUGUGAGCACUUGUUCUUCUGUGCAGAACAAAGUACAUCUGCCCUGCAGCUAUCCUGAGGGGUCAAUGGCCCAGCAGCGAGGCAUGCUGUGCCAGCACCAGAGAGUCACCAGAGGAGCUGUGAACUGCCCCAGAAAGAAAGCGGUGGUGCAAGGUACCCUGUUGUCACAAUGUCAAAGCUUUUCUCUGCACGCUGAAGAUGCCAUGUCUGACACUGGGAGCUGCAGUGCGGUGAAGCUACAUCUUUUAAUGGAAGUUCCCAGGCUGUGUGCCAGGACACUGCAAACAGACACAUUUAUGGUCUUUCAGGUACAAACACGAGUGAUUUGUGAUCAAGAGAAGGAUGUGGUUCUUUCCACUCCUUCACUCCAUCUCCUUCUAAGCCAUCCAAAGCACACAUGGCUCUGUGAUACAACCUUCCCUGGGCUGGUAAACAAUAUUGCUAUUGUAAAUUACUUCAGUAUCUUCGUGAAAAAUUAGUACAAUCCCCACAAGUACAGACUAUUAAAAUACUCUGUAAAUUACUUGUUGAGUUACUCCAGUGAAGCCAGACAAGUCCAGCAGCUGUAGGGCUUAUCUCACAUCUCUGCUGCUUAACCUGUGCUCUUUUGUCACUGACUCCAAUGUAUAACUUUGUUAACAUUGAACAGCUUGUGAAUUGGAAAAAAUUCCUCUAGGAAUUUGAAAUUUGUAUUUCCUUAGCGAUCCGUAAUAGACAGUGCUCACACUGAGAAGGGACCUGAUGGUCAGUGCAUAUAGCGUGCUGAAAAAGUGCAUCUCUGCAGGCAGCUGUAGGCAGCCCUGAACUUGCUUUGCCCACACUGUGCAAUGUUUAGGCCACUGCUGGCCCCACGGCUGCGCUCUGCCAUCUGCAGAGUGAUUUUUUCAGAAACCUCCUUGGGUUUGACAGUGAGGAACAUGGCUGCUCUGUGGUCUUGUGGUGCACGACAGUACGACUGUGUUCGGAUGUACAAAGCCAGCUGCCAUCUGUGUUGCAAUGUUAAGAAAAGUUGAAGGCUUACUAUGUCCAGCAACAGCCCCAAGGUGUGCAGGAGCAGGUGUGCUGGAUGUGGUGUCUGUGACGAAGCAGCAGCUAUGGCCUCACACUGCUGCUUUCUGUCAACCUGCUCAGAAAGAAGGAUUUGUGGCGUUGUUGUUCUCGUGCGUCACGGCAUUAUUUCUCUGAGACCAUAAGCAGCGGGACUGCUUGCCAUCUCAGGCUGGGUAUUGCCUGAUGUUUUCCUCCUAACAAUAAUAUAAAGCCUUUGUGCAUCAGUGAGAGAGGGUGAGAGAUGCAGGAACUGCUGCCUAUGCAGUGUUAUUUACGGAGACCAGUGCUGGACUAUUUCUCCUCCUCCUUCACCUCCUCCACUCAAGGGCAUUCAGAUGCUUUGUAGACAAAAUGUGUGGGGAGCAGUAAUAUUUGUACUAGGCCAACUGAUAAACAAACAUAUUUUGGGAGCCGUUCCCAGGGCCAUGCAGCAGUUCUGUGAGAUGGAGGAAGUCCUGGUGCAGGACUCCUGGGCUUUACCAAAAGUCCAGAAACCACUGUUUCUCCUCUCGUGGCCAGUCCUGUCUCAGCAAUAUUUUGAUUGCUCUCCUAUAAAAACUUUUUUUUUCCCUCUGGGCUGUUAAUGUUACCACACAGAUAUUUUCUAUCAACCUACUCCAGAAAAUUUAAGUUAUUCUGAAAAGGGAAUUAAGUAAGGAAGAUUUACUGCAGUUUAAAAAAGCCAGCGCUUGCAAGACAUGUCCCCCAAGGAAUGCUCUGUGAUCCAGAGGAUCAUUUCAUACCAUUGCACUGGCAGUACUUCAUUGGUCAAAGCCUUUCCGUGUUUCUUCCUGGGAUAUUAACACGAAUUUAUUUAUCAGUUAAAACAUCCAGCAAGAUGAAACUUGUUUCCACAAGUGGUUUGAUCGGAGUAGCAUCGAGUUAGUUUCCAUUUUUAGUGGCAUUUUUUGCAGCACUGAUUAUCAAGUAGUUAUUGGUUUCAUCCCCUUCUCAAUAACCGGGGCGAAAUUUGGAAGCAUUUAACACCAAUACUUGCAGAACAAGAGCAGGAUGGCCCGUUCCCCAUGUGGGAUUUGUUCUACAUUUGCUGCCUUGCUGGGUGUUCUCACCUGGCUGUCUGUGCUGCUGUCUCCCUGACUUUGUAUUGUAACUUAAAGGGGAUUAGAGAUGGCUGCAAGGUGUCUCCACCUUUACCAUCUAAAGCUGUGUUAAUAGAGGUAAACGGUACUUCGAUUUCUGAUUCUCUCAACAGAAGGGCCACUUGCCUUUAUGAUGGCUGGCACUUAAUCACAAACCAAGGCACUUCCAGUCUGGUAUUCAUCUCUGGGCUCUGCAGCAAGAGCCAUGGCUGUGCUGGGCAGGGGCUGCUUGGUGGUGCCAAGCCGAAGGAGAGCCCCGUCACCAUCACCUGUCACCAGCUGUGAACACAGGUGGGACCAGGCCUGCUCCAUGGGCCCAACAGAGAGGAGUGAGCUUUGUGCAGGCACACACACAUCAGAUGCCCUUCCUGGCAGGGGUGGGUCCCUGUAACCUCAGCGGGUGUCACAGGGCAUGAUGAAGCUUUAGUGGCAUUUUAGAAAUACGGGAUUCAAGUUACCUGUUCUCCCAAGCUUACUGCCUGCCACUAACAGGCAGUCUCCUCCAGCACUGCCACAGAUGCACAGAGCACUGACCUCGCUCACACAUGGCACUGUCACAGCACCCAGAGCUCUCCCAUGCAAUGAGCAGUCCUCCUCUGCCCACGCUCGCACUGAAGUCACAAAGCAAGGUGAGCCCGCUGCCAUGCCAAGGGACAUUUUUGCUUCUCAGCAACCUGCUGUGGCAGCAGCUGCGCUAGCUGCAAAGGACACUUUUCCCUGUUAUAGGUUUCUUUCCCUUCCUGGAUGUGCCACACAGGCAUAUCCAUGUCCUCUGUCCCCUUGGUGGUGGACCUGUGCAGGAUGCUCUGAGCCAACCCCAAGUUUUCAGCCACUGCCAAAGCAUCCCACAGAAGCAGGCAUCACCUCACUGCCUGCCGUGGCCGCUGAGCGAUGCCUGGCAGAGGUGACUCAGAAGCGGGGAGCCCUGCUAAGGCCCUGGCACAUCCCUGCACUGAAACACUGCCUACAGCCUCCUGCCUCUGCCCAGCUCGCCCUUCCUGCCACCUUUCCCCCGGGGUCCUAACUCCCAACUUUGUUGCUCUAUAAACAUAAUAACAAUAAUUAUUCUCUCAUUGGACACAUAGCCAUCUUCUUUGUUUGCAGGCUUAGAUAAAUAUCAUUCAAAUCAUGGAGUCUGAUUCAUGAGUCAGGAUGAUGGCAGCCCUCCAAAACCUCCUUGCCCAUGGAGAGUGUGUUUGUGUGAGAGAGAUAGAGAGUUUCACUGUACGAAGAGUAAGAAACUGGAAGCCAAGUGAAUUAAAUACAAAGCAGAUAAUUAUGUGUAAUUCAUUUACUGACUAAUGAUUGCACCUGGUACAGAGGUCUAUGAAUUCAUUUCACUCUGCAUUUGUUCUCAAAAACAAUCUCUCUGCACAAGAUAAAAACUAGGCCUGUGUUUACA